UCUACCGGUUCGACUGGCUCUACCGGUUCGACUGGCUCUACCGGUUCGACUGGCUCUACCGGUUCGACUGGCUCUACCGGUUCGACUGGCUCUACUACUGGCUCCUCCACUGGCGCUUCUGCAUCUAACGAGUCGCGCACUGGUUCUUCUGGCAACACUUCUUCUGGUAGCUCGUCUACCCAGUCGGGUACCGGAUCGUCCCCCUCAGCCUCUACCGCAAGCGGUGCUAGCGCAGAGUCUAACGGGAACCAGGGUAUCUCUACUGGCUCUACUGGAAGCACUGGUAGCACCAGCUCAAUUGGUUCCUCUGGCAGCUCUUCUGGCAACACUUCUGCCGAUACCUCCUCCACUGGCGGCUCUUCCGAGACCAGCGCUGGCUCUACCGGCUCUACCGGUUCCUCUGGUGCUACCGGUUCCUCUGGUUCUGCCGGUGCUUCUGGCUCUAGCUCUGCUAGCGACUCCACUGGCACCACUGCUGCCGGAGCAAGUGCUGAGGCCAGCGCCAGCUCGGGCAGCUCUGACUCAACUGCUUCUGGCGCCAGCGCUCAAGCCAACGGUGGCUCUAGCGUCUCUGGAUCUGGAUCCGGCUCGGCCUCUGCCUCGAGCGGUGCGAGUGCUGAAGCUACUGGCUCUACUGGUAGCUCUGAUUCCGCCAGUGGCAGCCAUGGCUCCGGCUCUGGAGUGAUUCCCUCUGGCGCCGACGCCAUCGGAACCGGCCCCUCUAGCUCUGCCGUGCCUUCAUUCUCUAUCGCCCCUUCAUCAAGCAGACUUGCACCUCCUGGUAUCCCAACCAGUGCUCCUACCUCGUCUAGCAGCAUUUCUGGCACCUCUGGCACCUCCUCGGGCUCGGACUCCAGCUCGGGCUCCAGCUCGGGCUCCAGCUCGGGCUCCAGCUCUGGAUCUGGAUCAUCGUCUGCCACCACUCCUUCCACCCCUCUAUUUACUGGCGGUGCUAGCAAGUUGUCCUUCGGUGCGUCCAGCAUCGUUGGUGCUCUGGCCAUGAUGCUGCUGGUUUGA